AUGGCGUGUGUGGCAACCACGACUGCUGCUUCAAGGGUCUUCUUCUGCAGCAACAGGAAGCCCUUCUUCUUCCUCUGUAUAAACCCUAGUAUCAGGUUUAUUGGUUGCAGCAACAACCAUAUAGUUUCUUGUCUGAAAACCCCUAAAAACGAUUCUUCUUCAUCUAUCAGAUGCAUUCAAUCCGCUCAAGACACCCUGGAGACAACGAGAAACGAAGGUAUUUCCUCUGUUUGCGGACUCAAUGUUGUUGACAUUCUUGAGGAAAGAGGUCUCAUUGAAUCGAUUACCAGCGAGAAUCUCAGGUUAGCUUGUUCCAAACCAAAGGUCAGUCCUUUGAAGAUUUACUGUGGUUUUGACCCUAUUGCUGAAAGCUUACACUUGGAAAACUUGCUUGGUAUUAUAGUGUUAUCUUGGUUUCAGAGAUGUGGCCACAAAGCUGUUGCUUUGAUUAGACCAGAAUUAGAUAUAGAAACACUAGAGAAUAACACAGUAGGGAUUGUGAAUACAAUUACUGGGAUUUUAGGUAGAAAGACCUCGAUAUCGACAAUUGGUAAUGAGAAAAUCCAGACCACUGAUAUGGGUUUAUGCGAUUCUUUUGUAAUUUUGAAUAAUUUUGACUGGUGGAAAGACAUCAGCUUAUUGGAUUUUCUACGAAAUGUUGGCCGGUUUGCGAGGAAUGAAGGGGUUAAUGUUCAAAUAGGCGGGAGUGAUCAGUGGGGAAACAUAACUGCUGGGACUGAAUUAAUUUGGAAGAUUCUUCAGGUAGAAGGAGCAUAUGGUUUGACAUUUCCUCUCCUUUUGAAGAGUGAUGGAACCAAAUUUGGCAAGUCUGAAGAUGGUGCUAUCUGGUUGUCUCCCUCAAUGUUGUCACCCUAUAAGUUCUAUCAGUACUUCUUCUCAGUUCUUGAUGUGGAUGUGGUGAGGUUUCUCAAGAUUCUUAUUUUCCUGAGUAUGGAGGAGAUUAGGGAGUUGGAAGAGCAGAUGAAGAAAUCUGGAUAUGUGCCCAAUUCGGCUCAGAGGAGACUCGCAGAAGAAGUAACUCGAUUUGUUCAUGGUGAAGAAGGACUGCUGGAGGCCUUGAAGGAUGCUGAAGCAUUGAGGCCUGGAGCUGAGACAAAGUUGGAUUGGAAAACCAUUGAAGAGAUUGCUGGGGAUGUCCCUUCUUGUUCUUUGGCUUCUAAUCAAGUCUUGAAUGCUUCUCUGGUUGAUCUCUCUGUUUCCACUGGUUUGUUUGAGAGUAAGUCAGCUGCCCGCCGCCUCCUUAAGCAAGGUGGGCUCUACUUAAACAAAAAUAGAGUUGAUAAUGAGGGAAAGAAGAUUGAAGCUGUUGACAUUGUUGAUGGGAAGGAGCUUCUUUUGUCUGCUGGGAAGAAGAACAAGAUGAUUAUAAGGAUACCUUAA